CAAUCUGUGCUGAGUGAGGCAGCAGCAUCUCCCUGCCUGGCUCCUCAUACCCCUGUGGGCUUGUAUAUGCAAGCUGAAGAACAGCUUUUCUGAUCAUAACUAGAAAGAAAGCAAGUGAAGAAAUAAACAGGCCACCAAGGAAAGAGAAGAAAACAUGCUUAUUGGUUGAACUACGGUGACACACUGGGAUAAUCGCAGUAUCUCCAAUUGCAAACAUCUCACAGGUAGCUUGCAAAGACAUGGAUACCUUCAUGGAUGGGGAUGCAAGUGUGAUUGCUAACGAAAGCCAGCAAACAGGACAAGAAAUACUGGAAGGCGACAAAAGCCAAGGACUCAACCACAGCGACCCCCUUGACAUGUUCAUAGGCAUAGAGCUUCUUCUACGUUUCAAACCCCUCUUCCUUCCUCUGUACAGCCUGGUGGUGGUCGUGGCCGGUGUUGGGAACUCGGUCCUUUUGGCCUGCAUCUUGUCUGACAAGAAACUCCACAAUGCCACCAACUUUUUCAUCAGUAACUUGGCCGCUGGAGACCUGCUGAUGUGCUUAAGUUGUGUGCCACUGACUGUCUCCUAUGCCUUUGACAGCCGGGGUUGGGCUUUUGGGAGACCCCUCUGCCACCUGGUCCCCUUGCUGCAGUGCGCCACAGUGUUUGUGUCGGUGCUCUCGCUCACUGCCAUCGCUGUGGAUCGCUACAUUGUUGUGGCUCACCCAGUACGCAGGAGGAUCUCGGUGUGCGGUCGAGGUGCGGUGACUCUGGGCGUCUGGCUUUUGUCUCUGGCCCUGGCUGCACCUCAGUCUCUCUACACACAGUACAUGGACCUGCGACCCAAUGGCAUCGACCUAGUAGUGUGCGAGGAAUUCUGGCCGCACAGUGGCAACCUGCGGCUGCUCUACUCCUGCUUCACGCUCAUAGCCUCCUACAUGAUCCCGCUGCUGUCGGUCAGCGUAUCCUACUGCGCCAUCACUGUCAGCCUGAAGCGCUACUCGGUACCCGGGGAGGCGUCCAACAGCCAGCAGCGCUGGAGCCGAAGAAAGAAGAAGACCUUCUCCCUGCUGGUGGCCUCCGUGCUGGCUUUCGCCCUGUGUUGGCUGCCCCUGCAGGUGCUGAACCUGCUGCUGGACCUGGACCCGGACUUUCACAUCAUAGGGAAGCGCUACAUAAACGUCUUACAAGUCUGCUGUCAUUUAGUGGCUAUGAGCUCUGCAUGUUACAACCCUUUCAUCUACGCCUCACUGCACAGCAAGGUGCGCAUGCACCUGAAAGGCUACCUCUUUCCUUGGAGCAGUCGGCCGAGCGUGAUGGUGGAGAGGGUGACGUCCAGGAGCUGAUUUCGGCCCGUCCGCACUGUGAUGCAAACGAGUUGGCAGCUCCUGGCGGCCGAGACCUGCACGCAUCACACUGAUGUUAAUGUCUUACGUGUCCAGGGAAAAAAAAUAAGGCGACUCAUAAAUGAGAUUUCUCCAUUCUUAUCUGGCAUACCACCGUGUAGUGUUACUAGAAGCUGUCCAUGAUAAGGCCACUUAUUACCAACAGUCAAAGAAGCCGAUCCAAGUCAGGCUGCAGUUCAGUCAGUUGAUGAAGAAGAUUAAGCCAUCUACUGGGAUCCCUGUGUUUUUCAUUGAUGGCAGAACUGCUGACGUAGAGGCUAAAAAGAUUCUGCACCCUUGAAAAAUGUCAGCAGGGGCAAAAACACAUUGGGUUGUGCAGCAGACACACGGCACUCAAGAUCAGGAGUGGCUGUUUGCAGUGCCUGGUUAUACUAUAUACAAUAUGACAUUAAAUGCUUGACUUCAGAGAACGGACCUCAACAAACUUAUUCCAGCAAACAUGAGUUACUGACCAAUAAGAGGACUUAUGUGCUUGUUUUAUUUGGUCCCCGGUCAGUAAUGUGGCUCCUGUAUUGAACAUCCUCUUCAUUAUAUUUUAAUGUGAAAUUUUGGCCCAUUACAUGGUUAUUUUUGUUAUCAUUGUGUAGUAAUUGUACGUUUGUGCAUGCAUGUCUAGGGUGUACAGUUUGUGUGCACCUCAAUACAUUGCUCAAAGAUUAAAUCUGCAGCUUGUAUUUCACCACCGUGUUUGUAAAAAUGACCAUAUGCAUGAAUGUGUAACCUGAUGAAUUGACUUCUAUUGCAUUUGCUUUGUCUGGAAAUAAAUGACAUACAGUAUUAUAGUAAUAUUCAGUGCAUUAACAAUAAAGUCUCCCAUCAAGGAUGA